AUGUGGCAGUGCACGAUUGGCUAUUUGAUGAGAAGUCAUAGGAGUUUCUGUGACCGAGAAAGCUCAGAAUUCUCUGAUGGUAGAUGUGGAGGUAGUCCGUCCGUCCAACUUAUAAAGGGAGCUGGGAUGUGUACCAAAAAUAGAAAAUAAAAAGGGCGCUGGGAUGUGUGGUUGUUUUUGUAUACAUGACAGGCUUAUCCUUGGCUACUUGGUUGCUUAAUCACCGAUCAAAAUAUUGAGGACUGUGUAAAUCCCAAUGGUAACAUAUAUCGACAUGUCCUCUGUCUCCAUUAACAAAUGAGGAAGUUCUGAACUUCUAAUAGCUGAGGAACGGAGAGAGAGAAGGCGGAAGAUGUCAAUCUUGUCAAGACUUCUCUUCCCACCCCCUCCAUCUCUCUUCAUCACGACGAUGUCCGUGAUGAGCUUUGUGGGUUUGUUAAAUGGUCUCUCUGAGGUCAGAGGCAAACACCUCCGCUACUCAAAAUUCAUGAACACAAAUUCCCCGACUUAUGGCAAGGAGAUCAAGUUGCCCAGCAGGAUUGGAAUGCUUGUAGCAUACACACCAGCACUGAUCGUGGGCUUGGCUUCGCUCAGCAUCCUCGACACUGGUGGACCUAGGUGUCUCUUGCUUAACUCGGCACUGAGUGUUCAUUUCUUCAAGAGGGUGGUCGAGGUCUUGUUUGUGCAUCAGUACAGUGGCCACAUGAUCCUUGACUCGGUCAUCGCAAUAUGCCUCAGUUACUUCAUCAGCACUUUGACCAUGAUCUAUGCACAGCAUCUAAGUCAGGGCAUGGAAGAGCCCUCUGUGGAUUUAAAGAGUGCAGGCAUCAUUCUCUUCUUGAUUGGAAUCACUGGUAACUUCUACCACCACUACCUCCUCUCAAAGCUAAGGGAGAGGGAUGACAAACGAUACAAAAUCCCAAAGGGUGGUUUGUUUGAACUAGUGGUCUGCCCACAUUAUCUAUUUGAGAUCAUAGGAUUCAUAGGCAUUGCAUGCAUCUCUCAAACAGUCUAUGCUUUUUCCUUCACCUUGGGGAUUUUGUUCUAUUUAAUGGGUAGGAGUUAUGCUACUAGGAAGUGGUACAUCUCCAAGUUCAAAAAUUUCCCAACAAAUGUCAGGGCUCUGAUACCCUAUAUAUUUUAGGUGAAUGGAGAUCACAUUCCUCGGAUGAAGACUAUGAAGUGAAAUGCUCUACAUCAAUUAGCAAUGGAUGUUUUACAUGUUUAAUUCUUUGAUGAUUUUUAUGCGGGAUAAUAAAGUAAUAAGUUGUUCCUGUAUGUUAUAAUGUUUCUUCUCCCCUAGCAGUCAUCCUUAUACAUCUGUGGCAACCAUUUCUCUUUCUUUAAAAAAGCUGUAUCUGUAACAACUUUAUUCAUA